GACAUGUCUCACAGGAUGGGCUGUGCUCUCAUCCUCAGGGCCGUGCUGGUGUCCCCCAAGCCUGUGCUGCCCUCACCCUGCUUCUCUUCCCACAGGAUCCGCCCUCAGCUGCCCAAAGAGAAGAUAGAGGGAUGUCACAUCUGUACCUCAGUGACACCUGGUGAGCCCCAGGUGCUGCUGGGCAAGGACAAGGCCUUCACCUAUGACUUUGUCUUUGACCUGGACACAUGGCAGGAGAGGAUCUACACCACGUGCAUGGGGAAGCUCAUCGAGGGCUGCUUCGAGGGCUACAAUGCCACUGUGCUGGCCUAUGGGCAGGGGAGCACACUGGGGACUGGCCCGUGGGCCCUCCCCAGCCCCACAGGUCCUGGGGAGAGCCAGGUGCCAGGCUUGAGCAGCCUCGUGCUUUCCCUGCUCACCCACACCCACUGCUGCCCUGCCCAGCUGUACAACGAGGAGAUCCUGGACCUGUUUGACAGCACCCGCGACCCCGACUCGCGCCACCGCAAAUCCAACAUCAAAAUCCACGAGGAUGCCAGCGGGAGCAUCUACACCACGGGGGUCACCUCACGCCUCAUCAGCUCCCAGGAUGAGCUGAUCCAGUGCCUAAAGCAAGGAGCUCUUUCCCGCACCACGGCCAGCACCCAGAUGAACGUGCAGAGCUCCAGAUCCCAUGCCAUCUUCACUAUUUACCUGUGCCAGACAAGAGUGUGUGCCCGCCCAGAGCUGGUGAAUGAGGAGGUGAGCAGCCUUCUGGAUGGAUCCCAACCUGCUGCUGAGUACGAGACCUUGACAGCCAAGUUUCACUUUGUGGACCUGGCUGGCUCGGAGAGGCUGAAGCGGACGGGUGCCACGGGCGAGAGAGCCAAGGAGGGCAUCUCCAUCAACUGUGGGCUGCUGGCCUUGGGGAAUGUCAUCAGUGCCCUUGGAGACCAGAGCAAGAAGGUUGUGCACGUGCCCUACCGCGACUCCAAGCUCACCCGCCUGCUGCAGGAUUCCCUUGGGGGCAACAGCCAAACCAUCAUGAUUGCCUGCGUGAGCCCCUCUGACCGGGAUUUCAUGGAGACCCUGAACACGCUCAAGUACGCCAACCGCGCUCGCAACAUCAAGAACAAGGUGGUGGUGAACCAGGACAAGACGAGCCAGCAGAUCAGCGCCCUGCGCGCCGAGAUCGCCCGGCUGCAGAUGGAGCUCAUGGAGUACAAGGCAGGCAAGCGUGUGAUCGGGGAGGAUGGCACGGAGGGUUACAGCGACCUGUUCCGGGAGAACGCCAUGCUGCAGAAGGAGAACAGCGCGCUGCGCAUGCGCGUCAAGGCCAUGCAGGAGGCCAUCGAUGCCAUCAACAGCAGGGUCACCUACCUCAUGAGCCAGGAGGCCAACAUGAUGCUGGCCAAAGCAGGUGACGGGAACGAAGCCAUCGGCACCCUGAUCCAGAACUACAUCCGGGAGAUUGAGGAGCUGAGGGUCCAAAAGCAGCAGGGAGGGGAAGGUGGCCCAGCAGAAGCUGUUUCUGGCCUCUCUCAUGCUGGGACUCACCAGCCCCCCUCUGUUCCCCCCAGCCCAGAGAAGGAGGCAUUUAAGAAAAGGCAGAAACUGCAGCAGGAUAAUGGGGAGGAGACGGAUGAGAACGAGGUGGAAGAGGAGGAGGAAGAACAAGAUGAGAGUGGCUGUGAGGAAGAGGAUGGGCGCGAGGAUGAAGAUGAGGACUCGGCCAGUGAAGAGAGCCUGGUGGACUCGGACUCGGAUGCAGAGGAGAAGGCUGUGAAUUUCCAGGCCGACCUGGCAGAUCUGACCUGUGAGAUUGAGAUCAAGCAGAAGCUGAUUGAUGAGCUGGAGAACAGCCAGCGGCGGCUGCAGACCCUCAAGCACCAGUAUGAGGAGAAGCUGAUCCUGCUGCAGAACAAGAUUCGGGACACGCAGCUGGAGCGGGACCGUGUCCUGCAAAACCUCAGCACCAUGGAGUGCUACACCGAGGAGAAGGCCAACAAGAUCAAGGCAGACUAUGAGAAGCGGCUGAAGGAGAUGAACAGGGACCUGCAGAAGCUGCAGGCAGCCCAGAAGGAGCACGCUCGCCUGCUCAAGAACCAGAGCCGCUACGAGCGGGAGCUGCGCAAGCUGCAGGCAGAGGUGGCCGAGAUGAAGAAGGCAAAGGUGGCGCUGAUGAAGCAGAUCGGCGCUCGCUCCGUCUCCAGCAUCGUGCGCCAGUGGAACAGGAAAAUCAACAACUUCCUGGGAGACUCCUCGGCCUCCAUUAACGGGGCUCGGCCUGCCAGGAAGAAGUUCCCCAAGAAGGGGUCCAGCCAGACCUUCAGCAAAGCUGCCCGCCUCAAGUGGCAGUCGCUGGAGCGGCGCAUCUUCGACAUUGUCAUGCAGAGAAUGACCAUUGUCAACCUCGAGGCAGACAUGGAGAGACUCAUCAAGAAACGUGAGGAGCUGUCGCUGCUGCAGGAGGCGUUACUGAGCAAGCGGGCAAAGCUGCAGGCAGAGAGCCCCAAGGAGCAGAAGGGUCUGCAAGAGCUGAACGAGGAGAUUGAGGUGCUGGGGGCCAACAUUGACUACAUCAACGACAGCAUUUCAGACUGCCAGGCCACCAUCAUGCAGAUUGAGGAGACCAAGGAGGAGCUGGACUCCACGGACACCUCGGUGGUGAUCAGCUCCUGCUCCCUGGCCGAAGCCCGGCUGCUGCUGGACAACUUCCUGAAAGCCUCCAUCGACAAGGGGCUGCAGGUGGCCCAGAAGGAGGCGCAGAUCCGGCUGCUGGAGGGGCGCCUGCGGCAGAACGACGUGGCCAACUCCUCACAGAACCACGCCCUGCUGGAUGCCCUGAGGGAGAAGGCUGAGUCCCACCCUGAGCUGCAGGCACUGAUCCACAAUGUCCAGCAAGAGAAUGGCUACACCAGCACAGAUGAGGAAGUUUCAGAGUUCAGCCUGGCCUCAGAUGGGAGCAUCUCCCAGUCUUUCACCAUGAAGGGCUCAGCAAGCCAGGAUGACUUUAAGUUCAAGGGAGAGCCCAAGCUUUCGGGGCAGAUGAAGGCAGUGUCAGCUGAGUGUCUGGGACCCACGCUGGACGUGUCCACCAAGAACAUCACCAAGUCCUUGGCGUCCCUCAUGGAGAUCAAGGAGGACGGGAUCGGCUUCUCCAUCCGGGACCCCUAUUACAAGGAGAAGGUGUCACGGACCAUCAGCUUGCCCACCCGGGGCAGCACCUUUCCCAGGCAGUCCCGGGGCUCGGACACCUCGCCCCUGACCCGGCGGAAAUCCUACGACCGUGGGCAGCCUGCCAGGCCUGCAGACAUUGGCUUCACACCACCCUCCUCCCCACCCACCCGUCCACGCAACGACCGCAACGUCUUCUCCCGUCUCACGAGCACCCAGAGCCAGGGAUCUGCCUUGGACAAGUCUGAUGACAGCGAUUCCUCUGUCUCGGAGGUGCUGAGGGGCAUCAUCAACCCGGUGGGUGGCACCAAGAAUGCCCGGACAGCCCCUCUGCAGUGUGUCUCAGUGGCAGAGGGACACACCAAGCCUGUGCUCUGCCUGGAUGCCACCGAUGAGCUGCUCUUCACGGGCUCCAAAGACCGCAGCUGCAAGAUGUGGAACCUGGUGACAGGCCAGGAAAUCGCCUCUCUCAAGGGCCACCCCAACAAUGUGGUUUCCAUCAAGUACUGCAGCCACACGGGGCUGGUGUUCACCGUGUCCACGUCCUACAUCAAGGUGUGGGACAUCCGUGACUCCGCGCGCUGCGUCCGCACCCUCACGUCGUCGGGCCAGGUGAUCUCUGGGGACGCGUGUGCCGGGACCAGCAACCGCACGGUCACCAGCGUGCAGGGCGAGCGCUGCAGCCCGUGGGGAAGCUGAGCGGCCACAUCGGGCCCGUGAUGUGCCUGACAGUGAGCCAGACCCCGAGCAACCACGACCUGGUGGUCACAGGCUCCAAGGAUCACUAUGUCAAGGUGUUUGAGAUCACGGAGGGCAUGGUGGGCAAUAUCAGCCCCACUCACAACUUCGAGCCCCCUCACUACGAUGGCAUUGAGUGCCUGGCCAUCCAGGGAGAUGUCCUCUUCAGUGGCUCCAGGGACAAUGGCAUAAAGAAGUGGGAUCUGGAGCAGCAGGAACUUAUCCAGCAAAUCCCCAAUGCCCACAAGGACUGGGUGUGUGCCCUGGCCUUCAUCCCCGGGCGCCCCAUGGUGCUGAGCGCCUGCCGAGGAGGCGUCAUCAAGGUGUGGAACGUGGACAACUUCACCCCAGUGGGGGAGAUCAAGGGCCAUGACAGCCCCAUCAACGCCAUCUGCACCAACUCCAAGCACAUCUUCACGGCCUCCAGCGACUUGACAGUGAAGCUCUGGAGUGGGAGGAGGUUGCCUGCGGGGUCAAACUAGGAACUGCACAAAGACUGGAAGGCGUGGGCAGGGUGAGGGGCAGGGCACCUCCCCUGCUCUCAGUGAGGACUCAGCCACCCACAGGAGCUCAGCCCAGCACAGGGGUUUCUUUGUGCCUGACCCAACGGGGUGGACAAUGCUGCAUCUGGUACUCUGGUCAGCUCCUGUGAGGAAGCAGCUCUGUGGGGCAGCAGCAGCUCCACCUGCCCUCCUGCUGAGGUUUCUGAUGGUUCUCCAGUGAACAGGAAAUGUUUCAUCUCUCACCAUCCUGCUGUAAGGACUUUGGGGGUCAGAGGUCCCUGACUCCUCAGAGACACCCAGCUCCCUCCUGCCAUGGCUCUGCCGUGCUGUGCUGCUCCUGGGCUGGUUCCUGCAGGAAUCUUCUCCACUCCACGAGGACAUUUGGUGUCUGCUGGCCAGGACCACCACACAGAGAAUGCUUCUCUGGAGCCAUUUCUUGUGAGACACCUCUGCUGUGGGGACUGCAGAAGGAUUUCCUGGUACUCCCAGCCUUCCCUUUCCUGUGUGGACGUGUCCCCAGUGGUUGGAGGGUGCACUCUGAGCUCCUUUGCCAUGUCCCAUCUCAUGAGGCACAGCAAGCCUGGGAUGUUCUCCAUUGGGCAGCUUCCAGACUGACCUGCUGCAGUUCCUUUGACAUUCUCCAAACCCCACUUGUAAACUCAACUGCCCCCUGGCUCUGGGCUCUUUCCCACAUGCCCAGCCUGCUCAGCCCUGCUCUGAACAUCCUGACCCCAUCAGGGCUUUGUGCUGGGUUCCUGCACCAGUUAACCCCUUGAGAUGAAGAAAUGAAGCAGGAAUGGAGGUUACAGGGCAAAAAGGCCGAGGCUGGAUGUGGCACCCCACUGCUGUGGCUCUGUCUGUCCUUCCCUUGGGUUCUGCCCUCACCUCUGCCUGGACUGGAGCUUGCUCAGGCUGGGCCUGCAUGGAUGCAAGGCUGGAGAGGAGCCAGCAAGGCAGGGAGCAGCCAGAGUCACUGUGGCAGGAGCAGAGGGGGACAGGGUUGCACACUGACCUUGCACAAGUCCCUGACUCCCCCUGUGCUGGAAGGACAAUCCUGCAGUGGAUGAUCUCGCACAAUCUCAUCUCCUGGAGGGUCUGGGGGCUCCACCCAGGACUGUUUCCCCAAGGACAUUCUGCAGGCUCUUUCCUCAGUCUCUCCUGUUCAAGGGGGGCUGGUAAGUCCCUGGUCUCACACUGGAGCUUCCCUCCAUCUCUCUAUGGCCCGUUGGACCAUCCCCUGCUCUGUCCUGCCCUGUGGAAUGGCCAAGGAGACCCCAGGAUGGGUGUUCCUGCCUCACACACUCUCCUUUCCCCAUUGUCACAGAAGAAGCAGCACUUGAACUCAAAUUUAAGGAUUUCUCCAUGUGAUCCCACAGCACUGAACUGGGAUCUUGGAGGCCAGGGGCUCCAGGACCUGCCCCAUCAAGCACAGACCAUUUCCCCUCUGCUCUCUCCAACCAUGGUGAUACCUUGACCUGCCCCAGCUCAUCUGCCACCAGCCCUUGCUCCAGGCACUCUGGCUGGAGUGAGGGGAUCCCUCUGCAUCUCUGCAUCAUGAAAGACAGGAAUUUCUGUAUUGAUUUGGUGGGGGAAGGGGAGGGUUGCCUUUUUUUGGGAAAAUUCCAUCCUGCUGGCUUGCCUUGUUGGAGGGUAAAUGGUACAUGUGUGUGAGUGUGUGUCUGUCUGUGUGAGAGAGUGACCCUGCCAGGACAGUCCCUGCUCCCUGGGAGUGUGGCUGAGCCCUGCACUGCCAGGACUGGUGGCUGUGCUGAGGAGAGGCUCCCAUCCAUCCUGUGUGACCUGUGCAGGCCAAAAGUGCACAGAGAGCUCAGCACCCAGUGGCACACAGCCAUGGGGGUCUGCAGGAGGUGUCUCCCCCCCAGGCCUGUCUUGGAGGGGUUUUUACACUCAUCCCUCAGCUGGUUUGGCUGGAGGGGCUCUGUGUGUGUGUGGCUGUCUCUGGGAAGUGUUUGGCUGUAAGUAUUGAAUCUGUGUGCUCUGAGAUCUCCAGUGCCUGCCCUGAGCCUUCCCUGCUGCCAUGGCUGGAGGGGGCUCCCAGGGUCAGACCUUCCUUGCCUUUGCCCCCAACACCUCCCUGUGUGCAGGCUGAAAGGGCCUGUUCAGUAUUCCAGGGCUGAGUGGCCAGUCCUGAGCCUCUCCUGCUGCUGUGUCCAGGCUCUCACAGCCCAUGGAUGGAGGGAGGUGGUGCUGGGGCAUUGCUGUCCUGAGGCAGGGGGUUUGAAGGGAGGAGAGUCCUGAUUUAGGAAUAGCAUUCUCCCAUUUAGUGCUCCCACUAAAACCCCCAUCCCCAUCCCUAGCAGGGUGGAGAGGGGAAUUGGAGGUAAAAAGAUGAAGAUCACAGGUUGAGAUAAGAGCAAUUUGCUGGAAACAGCAGUGAGAUAAAAAACAAACAGGAAGACAGCAGCAAUGUUAAUAACAAAAGUACAGAAAAGAGGAAAUGAUUCACAUGCAUACUGCUCACCCUGACCUGACCACAGCCAUAUUCUGCUGACCAGAGUAGACCUCUCCUCUGAGGAGGAGAAAUGGAUCCUCCCCUGUGUGUCUCCAUGGCAUCAGUACAUUGUGACCAAGCCUUACACUGCUGUGGAUCUGCUGGGCCAGCCUUGGUGCACAGCCCAGCAGAGCCCAGUGCUGCUCUCUCCCCCUGGCUGCAGGCAGGGCCCUCUGGGUGCUCACUGCUCACUGCUGCCCCUGUGGAGGUGCAUUCAGGGCGAUCAGAAGUGACAUUAGCCCUUUGAUUCUGUCUGAGCACAUGCCCACUGGAAGCUGGGCUGGCACUUAUCCCUGAUGAAUCCCUGCAGUUGUUGUUUUCCCUCUCAGCUCACACAGCCAUGCUUCUGGGGCAGAGGUGGGUUUUCCUUCCCAAUUCCUCCUGUCCUCUCUGUGCUCAUGCAGGUAAAACCAUAGGAUGCCUUGUGGUGUGCCAGUUGCUCCCAGCAGCAGAGGCUCUGCUCUGUACUGGUGUGACAUGGGACAUUUCCUCAGUCCACAGCCCUGGACUGGAGGAUAAGUCCAGUCCUAAACUGGACCUGGGCUACUCCAGUCUUAGACAGUCUCUUUACACAGCUGAGACAUGGGUUGGUAGGAAGGAAAAACAAUAAUGAUCAUCAUCAGAGUUGGAGAGUCACCUUUAACACUGUUUGUUCUGUUCAGAGCUCUGAAUAACCUCCCCAGAAAUCUCUUUCUUGACUCCAAAGACUAUGUGCACUGCACUAAGGACACCUGGCAAAAUUAUUUCCUUAACAUCCCAAGGGAAUUCAGAGCUUCAGAAGCUGUUUUAACAGGGGUGAAGGUCUGGGAAAAAUCAUCCUCCCAUGUUCCCCCAUGGGGUGGUCAUGAUUGUUAUUAAUGAAGUCCCAAAGGAAGUGCCCCAGGUAGGGGUAGAAGAGCAACACUCAAAACAGCCCUAAUGACCCUUGAUGUUAUCAUGUCAUAAACAGAGCAAUCCUGAUCCCCCUCCCUGCUCUGAGACAGGCUGUGAUGGGAGCAGACAGGAGUAUGUGCAGGGUUGGGUACCCACAUGGGCAGAGCAGGCAAUGCUGUCACCAGUGGCUCAGUACCCAAUACAGAAAAUGUUGAGAUCUAAUUUGCUUGCAAGCCACUCUGGGCAGAUCUGUUGUUAUCUCAACUGUUCAAGCCCUACCUUGGAUGCCAAAAAAACCCAACAAAAAACUGUUGUGGUUUAGGACUGCUAUUCCCCAAUUUGGUGUUCCCACUACAACUGUGUGCUGCCACAACCCUCACCUCCUUCCCUCCCUGUGGUGGGAUGGAGAGGAGGAUUAGAGGCACAAAAGGUAAAAAAAAUCACAGGCAGAGAUAGGAACAAUUGACUGGAAACAGCAAUGAGAUAAGAAAAAUGAACAGCAACAAUAUUAAUAACAAAAGUGCAACAAUAUUGAUAACAAAAGUGUACAAAAGAGAGCAAAUCACGUGCAAAUGCUCUCCACAGUGUUACCCUGAUUGAAGAGAUCCCUUACCCCUGCCCAUCAAUGAUGUGAGGUGGCCUAAAAGAACCUCUGGGCUCUGGCCAUGUCCCCUCCUGGCUACUGCAAAAUGAACUCUGUCCUGGCUGGAACCAGGCCAGGGGUGACUGUGACCCCAUAGCUCUGUGUGUGUGUGUGUGUGUGUGUGUAGCUCUUAGUUCCUGUGUGGGUUGAUGUUUCUCAUGCAGAAGAGCAUUUCUUGCUGUUGAUCUGGUUUAGCUACCUCACGGUGCAAGCUGGGUGCUGUUCUCAUUUGGUUUCCUAUUGGGGAUGGGGUGGGGAGUUUGUGGUGUAAGAAUUUUUAUUUUUUCUUCUAAUUAUUGUUAUUGUUAUGGUUUUGACACUUGAAUUCAUCCUGGGGGACACGUGGCCUCCCUCCCACCUUGCUGCUUGUCUGAGCCACCCCCUGUGUCCCCUCCCUGCUCCUCCUGGGCAGGGAGCAGGGCUGGGGUCCCUGCCCCAGAGGGAUCCCCCAGAGCAGCUGCAACACUGAGAUUUUGCUCCCAUUCCUCAUGGGAUUCUGAGGAUCUGUGGUGUUGCCAUUGGUGAUCGGGUUGGUUGGCAGCCUGGGGGUGGCUCCAUCCCCCUUGGAAAGGGGGCUCAGAAAGGCUCAGCUCAGCCCAGAUUUCUCCCUCUGCUCUCACAGAUACUCUGUGGCUGUGAUGGAGCUCUGGGCUGAGAGAUGUCUGUGCAAAGCACAAUGCUGGGGUGAGCUGCUUCCAGCCACCUCUGCCCAGAGCCUGCUGCUCAGAAAGGCUCAGCUCAGCCCAAAUUUCACCCAAAUUUCUCCCUUUUCUCUCACAGAUACUCUCUGUGGAUGUGAUAGAGCUCUGGGCUGAGAGAUGUCUGUGCAGGGCACAUUGCUGGGGUGGGCUGGUUCCAGCCACCUCUGCC